AUGGUGGAGCAUCAACGACGAGUUCUGCGAACUCACGAACGGAUAGCCAAGACAUUAGGAGUUGUUUCUUGUUCGUUUUUGUUUUGUUGGCUACCGUUCUUCUCGCUUUACCUUACCAGUAAGUCUAACCUUUCUUAACGUUUAUAACAACCUCAAUUGCUCAGUACAACAUAAGUUUUAGACUAUCAAUGCAAAGGCUGUGUUCCAACGAUUGCCAUCGACAUUGCCUCAUGGCUAGGCUAUUGCAACUCAAUGAUCAACCCUAUCAUCUACUCAUUCACCGUAAAGGACUUCAAACGUUCGGCUUUACGACUAAUCUUGCCAAUUUGGCAGUUUGUUUUCCACUGUUUGCCAGUAAAGAUCUUGCCAAAACCGCCAGACCGUAUUGCACGCGUAUCAAGGAGCGGGCAGAAGGCAAAGAACCGACGGAAUAACAACCUUCUAGAUGGAAGAACUCGAGCGUGUCGGAAUGCCUAUGGAGGUGCUGCCAAUGGCAAGAGUAGACAACUGAUUAGCGAGACCACGUAUAACAAAACGUACGCCAUUCUCAUUGGCAAUUCCUCGUGGAAAAAAGUUCCUGGACCUGUUUCUGACAAGAAAUUUUGAACAGGGAUCCGAGAACCCUCAAAUUUGAUAUCAAAAAGUAUCGUAAAGACACAAAAAGACCGUUUCCAAUCUUAACGGUCUUUUUGUGUCUUUGCGAUACUUUUUGAUAUCAAAUUUGGGCGUCUUUGCUUUUCUGGUGUCAUUAAAUAUAACUCACACUUUCAGCGUGCCCACAAUCUUGCCAGAGACUGUAGACCACGAUCGCCAAUCCUCAAACUCCUCAGACAACGACGAACUAAUAAAUAUCGCUUCUGUUGACGACUUCAACGAUCCCUCCAUUCUGACCGACCCUACCACAACGACCUCCGACACUUUUUGCGCCACCAAGAACUUCCGUUGGGCGAAGCGAAAAAGGAAUAGCAGUUGCAAAGAGCCUUUGACCAUCACAACAAACCACAUGAAUACGACAAGAUCAACGCCUACAAAGCUCAGCGAAUGGCUGGACAAGACCAGAAAGUCUCGUAAAAACGCCGAGGACUCUCCGUUGGCCAAGACAGACGACUCCAGCCUUACGAACUCGUUUCAUUCCGUCAAACUGGCGACUAAAAUGAAGAAACGUUGGGCUUUUGGUCAAAAACGCUGUUCUCAAAGCAUGGAUCAGCCGGACGACGAGUCGUUGGACACUCCAGACAUCGAGGACAUGAAAAAGAGCCUGAAUUUGAUUGAAAGUCGGCGUGGGACUUUGCUAAACGACGAAGGACUGACUAUCACUCAAAUCCGACGAGGUACACUCAACAAAUCAACAACUAUUGACUGUUCCGGGCUCUCCAGCGACUCUACCGAGACUCCGCUACUUUCCUAUCGUCAGAUCGAAUGUCGAGGAGCUGCGCACGUUAUUCGUGAAUCAAUUACCCGCAAAAUCGAACAGUAUCACAACUCCUCUCACGACGAGCAAAUCGAAGACCCUGGUGCCACAAAAACAACUCGCUCCGACGACGACCAUCCCGAAGAUCCUUGUACUCCACGGCCAAUCCGUUAUCGGACCUAUCGUCAUCGAGACAGCCAACCGCAGCAUUCAACUGGUGAGGUGAAAAGUGAGGACAAAUUGACGGCCAAUACGGGAUGUAACACAUCCAAAGGGAGUGUGGAAAGUGUUCGAAUCUACUUGCUCACCGAAGAAGAAAACGUCUAG